AUGUCAACAGAUGCGAAUGCCCCUCCUUCGGGAGAAGCCCCUCCAUGGUGGGCAGGCCUGCCCGAGCCACAGGCAACUUGCGAAGCAAUUGAGAAUUCAGAGGUCAUGACUCUUUUGGAGAAGACAUUUGCUGGUCGGAAGCACGCAAAACGAGAUUUCCUUCUCGUCGACGUCCGUCGGACCGACUGGGACGGAGGCACCGUGGCCACAUCCAUCAACCUCCCCGCGCAGUCAUUCUUUCAAACCAGGCCAGUUGUAUAUCAGCUCUGCAAGCAAGCUGGUAUCGAGCGCAUAAUUUUCUAUUGCGGAAGCUCAGUAGGGCGGGGAACCAGGACUGCUCGGUGGAUGCAGGACUACCUGACCGAGGUUGGCGAAACUGGUAUGAAAGCCAUUAUCUUGACGGGCGGUAUUAAAGGCUGGCAUAAGAAGUUUGGUGGAAAGUUGAUGGAGAAUUAUGAUGAGAAUUUUUGGGUAGCCAAAGCAUAG